GUGCAGCCCGGCUGGUCGGCUCCCCCCCCUUCCCAGACGCACCGGCAAUUGGAUACAAAAAGGGCAGGCCCGCGGCUCCCUGCUCCCACCCCCUUCCUGCCCAGGGCGUGGAGCGCCGGCCAGGUGUGGGCCCGAGUGGCAGGGUACCGCCUUUCGCCCCGGCGGCCGCGCGGAGGGGGGUGGGCGCCUCGUCCUCUCUCCUGGAAGAGGGCUCCGGCGGUUCUCCCGUCGUCGCCUCCGACGCCACCUCGCCGCCUCCCGACCCCCCUCCUCCCCUCCCCACCUACCGUCAUGACGGCGUCUCCGGAUUACUUGGUGGUGCUUUUUGGGAUCACCGCCGGGGCCACCGGAGCCAAGCUGGGUUCGGACGAGAAGGAGCUGAUCCUGCUGCUGUGGAAAGUCGUGGAUUUGGCCAACAAGAAGGUGGGACAGUUGCACGAAGUACUAGUUAGACCGGAUCAGUUGGAACUGACGGAGGACUGCAAGGAAGAAACGAAAAUAGACGCCGAAAGCCUGUCUUCCGCGCCGCAGCUGGACCAAGCCCUCCGACAGUUUAACCAGUCAGUGAGCAAUGAGCUGAACAUUGGGGUAGGGACUUCCUUCUGUCUGUGUACUGAUGGGCAGCUCCACGUCAGGCAGAUCCUGCAUCCCGAGGCUUCCAAGAAGAAUGUAUUACUACCUGAAUGCUUCUAUUCCUUUUUUGAUCUUCGAAAAGAAUUCAAGAAAUGUUGUCCUGGCUCUCCUGAUCUCGACAAGCUAGACGUCACCGCAAUGGCAGAGAGUCUCAACUUUGAGAAGAACGACUCCGUCUCCCGAUAUGGAGCCUCUCAAGUUGAAGAUAUGGGGAACAUAAUCCUAGCAAUGAUCUCAGAGCCGUAUAAUCACAGAUUUUCAGAUCCGGAGAGAGUAAACUACAAAUUUGAAAGUGGCACUUGCAGCAAGAUGGAACUCAUUGAUGACAACACGGUUGUGAGGGCUCGAGGUUUACCCUGGCAGUCUUCGGACCAAGAUAUUGCAAGGUUCUUUAAAGGACUCAAUAUUGCCAAGGGUGGCGCAGCACUUUGUCUAAACGCUCAGGGACGGAGGAAUGGGGAAGCUCUGGUCAGAUUCGUGAGUGAGGAGCACAGAGACCUAGCCCUCCAGAGGCACAAGCAUCACAUGGGGACCCGGUACAUUGAGGUUUACAAAGCAACAGGUGAAGAUUUUCUUAAAAUUGCUGGAGGGACAUCCAAUGAGGUGGCUCAGUUUCUCUCCAAGGAAAACCAGGUCAUCGUCCGCAUGCGGGGGCUCCCGUUCACGGCCACGGCUGAGGAGGUGGUGGCCUUCUUCGGACAGCACUGCCCCAUCACUGGGGGCAAGGAAGGCAUCCUGUUUGUCACCUAUCCCGAUGGGAGGCCUACAGGAGAUGCAUUUGUGCUCUUUGCGUGUGAGGAAUAUGCGCAGAAUGCCCUGAGGAAGCACAAGGACCUGUUGGGUAAAAGAUACAUCGAGCUCUUCAGGAGUACGGCGGCUGAGGUUCAGCAGGUGCUGAAUCGGUUCUCCUCUGCCCCUCUGAUUCCACUCCCGACCCCUCCCGUUAUCCCAGUACUACCUCAGCAGUUUGUGCCCCCCCCCACCGUAAGAGACUGCGUCCGCCUCCGAGGUCUUCCCUACGCUGCCACAGUAGAGGACAUCCUGGAGUUCCUGGGGGAGUUCUCCACAGACAUCCGCACACAUGGGGUUCACAUGGUAUUGAAUCACCAGGGACGCCCGUCAGGAGAUGCCUUUAUCCAGAUGAAGUCUGCAGACAGAGCAUUCAUGGCUGCGCAGAAGUAUCAUAAAAAAACCAUGAAGGACAGAUAUGUUGAAGUCUUUCAGUGUUCAGCUGAGGAGAUGAGCUUUGUGUUAAUGGGGGGAACUUUAAAUCGAAAUGGCUUAUCCCCACCGCCAUGUAAGUUACCAUGCCUGUCUCCUCCCUCCUACACGUUCCCGGCUCCUGCAGCAGUGAUUCCUACCGAAGCUGCCAUUUAUCAGCCUUCUCUGCUCUUGAAUCCACGGGCACUGCAGCCCUCCGCUGCGUACUACCCAGCGGGCACUCAGCUCUUCAUGAACUACACCGCUUACUACCCCAGCCCACCAGGUUCGCCUAAUAGUCUUGGCUACUUCCCUACAGCUGCUAAUCUUAGCAGUGUCCCGCCCCAGCCCGGCACGGUGGUCAGAAUGCAGGGCUUGGCCUACAAUACUGGAGUUAAGGAAAUUCUUAACUUCUUCCAAGGUUACCAGUAUGCAACCGAGGAUGGACUUGUACACACAAAUGACCAGGCCAGGACUCUACCCAAAGAAUGGGUUUGUAUUUAAGGGCCCCAGCAGUUAGAUCGGCCUCAGAGAAGAAGUGUUUGAAAGACGCAUGGUGAUCCUGAAGCUAGCAGACAAGAAGACUCCUGGCAAUUUCAGGGGAUGUUUGUCUACACUUAGGCUGCAGUAUUUUCAGCCAACACGAUUGGACAGUAGGCCUGGGCCUUAUCUUUUGGUGGAGUGAAAAAGUUGAGCCAGGGAAGGCCAAAUCAUAAUGGCAAGCAGCAUGCACAUACAUGGCUCCUUGCUGAGUGCAAAUAGGAUUUUAAAAUGUGAAUUUGAAGUCAAAUGUCUCACUUCUGACUAAAGUGGCAUCAGUUGUUUCCUAAGUUCAAGUCUCAGAGUAAAAAUAUUCCCCUGGCAUCCACCAUCCACCAUUAAUUGCUCUGGAAGCUUCAUUGUGUAUUCUCACACUGUCUCCCUGUUUUCUGUAAAAUAAACCCUCUUGCUAAGUAAUUUAAGUGUAAGUUCUUAGAAUACUUAAAUUCCAAACUACGGAAAGGAGUAGAAUAAAACUACUAUUUUCCCAAAUGUUGGUUUUCUUCAAUAGGCCAUCAUGGUGCCUUAUAGGUAAAAACAAAGACUUUUUAAACACCUCAGGCAGACUGGGCCUGUAGCUCAGUGAUAGAGAGCCCUGAGUUCCAGUCCCAGCACCCCCGUCUCACCUUCACAUACUCACCGGGAUUUCCCUUCCACACACAUGCCUAGUUAAAGGGCUUGGAUGGUUUCCCCAACAGGUACCGGUUGUAAAUAAGAAUGAAGUAGGGGCCAAAAUUUGAAACCAAAAAUGAAGCAGCUACAUACAGUUAGUAAUUUCUAGUUUGAGCUGUAACUGAAUGUUCGACUUCGUAUGUAUUAUUUUAUAUUGUGCUUUCUUCGUUGUUGAUGGUUUGGUCUUUAAUAAGAGAAAUUCCAUAGUUUUUAAUGUCACAGAAAUAAGACUAUUUGAACAGUGUAUUCUGGAAAGCAAUAUACUAACCAAAGUAAAUGCUUGUAUAUAUUAAGCUAGCCCUUUUCCCUACUGCCUCCACUGUCAAGUAAUUACAACCUUUAAAAGCGUUGGACUGUAGUUGGCAUGCUGGGCUGAGGUCAACACCACUGCAGUUAGAGCUGACCAGUGCUUGGUGCUCAGUGCACUGUGCUCAGCUGCGCUCAGGCUCCAGAAAUGCAGUAUCAGGCCCUAGCUGGUACUGCUGCCUGUGUAACUCAAGGGGAAAGUGGCUUGAUUGGAUGCACAAGUUUCUUUGCUACUCGUCCUUUGCUUGGAUGCAAUGCCAUACGGAUUUUGUGGCUGCUAUUUUUAGUUACUUUGCAUUAAUGCCUUGACUGGGGAGUCAAACCUUACCCUCUUACUUGACCAACAUAAGCCCUUUAACUGCAGUGGGAAGAAAGAAUUUAAAAAAACAAAACAAAACAUUUUGUGUGAAAACUGAUGAGAUCUGGCACUUGAGAUAAAAAAGAAAAAAGUUCAUACUUGAUGCCAUAAGCUGCUUCUGCCCGAAGCUCCACAGGACUAAGAUGGGCAGUGAUGCUUUCUACAGUACAACUGCUUUUUUUUUUUUUUUUUUUUUUUUUUUGUAGAAUUGUUACAUUGAUAAUAAAACUUGCCUGCUUAAUCUCAA